AUGAUGUUUUCCAAGCAACUCUUGUCCACGGAAUGGACUUUUAAGGACCGAGACGACGAGUCACUUGAUGCAUGGAUACCUGUGAAAGCGGUACCUUCCACGGUGCAGCAGGAUCUCAUUGCAAAUAAAAGGUUAGGGGUGCGCAAGGCCCAAUACCAUUGGGGCUGGGAUUGGGGUCCGAUAAUCAUGACAGCUGGCAUCUGGCGCGAGGUGCGAUUGGAAUUCUACCGCCUUGCUCUCGAUCAUAAGAUGGCGACUAUUACGGCAGAUAUCCUUAUACCCGCCGAUCAAACGGCCCAAUCCAGCUUCGAGGUCACCAAUCCUGAAUUAUGGUGGCCACAUGGAUACGGUCCCCAGACCUUGUAUGAUGUUAUCAGCGCAGAGCGAUACCGGAAAUGGAUCGAGUUAAUGGUGGUGGAAGGCCAAGUGAUGACCAGAGUAUGGGGCGGCGGGAUCUACGAAGAUGAUGCUUUCUAUGACGCUUGCGAUGAGCUUGGUGUGCUGGUUUGGCAGGACUUCAUGUUCGGCUGCGGCAACUACCUACGAUUGAGACAUCAUCCCUCAAUCGUGAUCUAUGUUGGCAACAAUGAAGAUUAUCAAGCGCAAGAACAGUCGGGGCUCACCUACAACCACGAAGAUAAGGAUUCGGAAAGCUGCUGCUUCCAGAACUGGUAUCCGAGUACUCGCGGAGUACUUUCUACCAUCCGGGAAGCCCAUGGGGCGACUGAGAAGCCACGAGCGAUCCUACUGUGGGGAACAUCCAUCAAUGGAAUGGUCGUGUGGCAUGGAACGCAAGAGAAAUAUCAGAUUUUCGACACCUUGGGAGGUCGCUUUAACAGCGAAUUUGAGAUGGAAUGCUUCCCGCAUAUGUCGACGAUCGAGUACUUCCUGGAAAGCGAGAAGGACAAGCACCCACAGUCGCAAGUUAUGGACUUUCAUAACAAGGCUGAUGGUCACGAGAGGCGACUAGCGACGUAUAUAGUGGAAAACCUACGCAUGGCCACUGAUCUAGAGGUUAUUCAGGCAGACACUAUGAUGUUUGGAUACGGUGGAUGGCGCCGCCAAUGGGGUGAUGAGCGAAAGUGUGGUGGGGCGCUACUGUGGCAGAUAAAUGACUGCUGGCCCACGAUCUCAUGGGCAAUCGUGGACUACCUUUUGCGGCCAAAACAUGCCUAUUACACUGUCAAGCGAGUGAUGCAGCCUAUGGUGAUUGGUGUACGACGUGAACAUCACAACUGGAAUGUUGUGCACGCAGUCCCUCCCACAAAGAGCCGGUACGAAAUGUGGGUUGCUAGCAGCCGACACGAAGUACUGCAUGGAACUGUCGAGCUACGAUUCUUAUCGGUGGUGACCGGCAGGGACCUACGCCUUCCGGGUGUCUUCACAGAUGUCACCAUUGGAGCUAAUGGUACUUCCGACAUCAUGAGUGGAAUCAUUGAUCAUGUCACCCAGCUAGAGCCACAUGUUCUUGCCGCGCGACUAUGGAUAGAUGGUCAGAUUGUGGUCAGGGACAUUGACUGGCCACAGCCGCUCAAGUAUCUCGGUUUUGCUGAUCGUGGACUAGAACGCACGGAAGCCGGUGAAUGUCUUGUCUUUGAAGAGCGUGAGAAUGUGCGAAUUAGCGACAGCGCUAUAGAUAUUAUUCUGGGCGAUGAACAGGUGGUGGAGGUUACAGGGCUCAGUGAUGGUGACCUGCCAUUGGGGUACCGUUACCUCGGUCAGUAG